AUGGGCAGUAAGAUUUUGGGAUGCGAUUUUGCUGGGGAAAUUAAAAGAAUGAAUGGACGUCAAAUUUAUUAUCAAAUACUUACGUUUGCCAUGGUUCUCUCCUCGGCUCUCAUGAUUUGGAAAUCCUUGAUCUUAAUCACAAAUAGUCCCAGCCCAAUUGUUGUGGUUCUUAGUGGAAGUAUGGAACCAGCUUUUUAUCGCGGUGAUCUUCUUUUUCUGACUAAUUUUGAAUCUGAGCCUUUAAAUGUUGGAGACAUCACUGUUUUCAAAAUUUAUGAUCGUGAAAUUCCCAUAGUUCAUAGAGUUAUGCGCGUCCAUCAAUCUAAUGGAACCGUUAAGUUCCUGACAAAAGGUGAUAAUAAUGCUGUGGAUGAUCGAGCUUUAUAUCCGCAAGGCCAGGACUGGCUCGAGGAAAAGCACAUUAUGGGCAAAGCAAAAGGUUUCCUUCCCUACAUUGGAAUGGUGACUAUUAUAAUGAACGACUAUCCUAAACUAAAGUACGCAGUAAUCGGUUCUUUGGGAUGUUUCAUGCUCAUAACUCGGGAGCAGUAA